AUGGCGCUGCUUUACGUCACCAAAAUACCAGGAAGUGAUAGUCAGUACGUGGCCUUAUCAUCUUGUACCACAGAAACAAGAGUACCGCUUCAUUGCAAAAUGGAACUCGAGGCUAUGACCAGAUACACCAGCCCGGUGAACCCGGCUGUGUUCCCCCACCUCACUGUCGUCCUGCUGGCCAUCGGCAUGUUCUUCACCGCCUGGUUCUUUGUCUACGAGGUGACAUCGACAAAAUACACCAGGGACGUCUACAAAGAGCUGCUGAUCUCACUCGUGGCUUCACUUUUCAUGGGCUUCGGUGUUCUCUUCCUACUACUCUGGGUCGGCAUCUAUGUAUGAAGUUUCGGGUGACUGACUUAAAAGAAUAUCACACAUUCCAGUGGAACGACGGACAUCACACACAACGGACUGGAUAUAAUUGGGACUGCACUGACAACAUUUUGGGAUCAUAUGGACUCUGGUUUUCUGGUCACAAGUAAAAAGGGGGAUUUGUACAA